CGCCACUGUGGUCUGCCAAGGUGAGAGCCGGGGGCAUGCGGCACCACAGGGAGCCCAUUGUCCACAUCCCCCAUGUCAGCAACCCACCUCUCCCGGCAGGGUUCUCCCGGCUGGUUGGAGGAGACAGUGCCUGCUCGGGGCAGCUGGAGGUGCGGCAGGGCCGGGCCUGGGUCAGCGUCUGCCACAGCCAUGUGGACCUCAUGGCCGCCCAGGUCGUCUGCAGGGAGCUGGGCUGUGGUACAGUGCUGGCCCUACCCGGGGCUGGGCAUUUUGGAGCAGCAGUGGGGCCAUUCUGGGACAAUGCCUUCAAGUGCAACGGCACCGAGCCCCUCCUGUCUGCUUGCACACGGCAGCCUCCCCAAAUCAAGAACUGCACCCAACCUGCUGCCAUCAUCUGCUCUCCCUACACUGGGUUCCGGCUGGCAGAUGGAGACUCAGACUGCACUGGGCGGGUAGAGGUGGAGGCACGAGGGGUUUGGAGGCCCCUGUGUGCCACUGCCUGGGACAUGCCUGACGCCCACGUCCUCUGCCACCAUCUGGGCUGUGGCUCUGCUGUCUCCCUGCCCCCACCAGGCCAGUUUGGGACAGGGACUGGGAUGGUGCUGCAUGAUGCCCUCAGCUGUAGCGGGAGCGAGCGGCACCCAGGCGAGUGCCCCGUGGAGGUGCUGGGGCAGCCCGCCUGCCCCCCCAGGCACACCGCUGCCAUCAACUGCUCAGGUGGGUGCGAGGGCCAUGUGUACCCCCAGCAGGUGGGGACGACACCCCGUCCCCGCGGCACAACCAGGCUUUUGCAGGUGUCACUGAGCCCCUGCAGCUCCACGGUGGGGAGAGCCGGUGCGACGGACGGCUGGAGGUGGCCAUGCGCCCCGGUGUCUGGGCCCGUGCGUCUGUGGGGCUGUGGGACAAUGGCACUGCCACCGUGGCGUGCCGGCAGCUGGGCUGCGGUGUGCCUGAGAAAAUCUAUGCUGUGCUGGCCACUAGCUUGGGCCCCAUGGAGCUGCAGGAGCUGCGGUGUGUUGGCACCGAGGAGCUCCUGGCACAGUGUAAUGCUUCAGGGAUGGCCAAGACCAGCCACAGCCCUGAGGAGUUGGCCAUUGCCUGCUCUGGUAGCCGGCAGCUGAGGCUGGCAGGAGGCCCCGGGCGCUGCGCCGGCAGGGUGGAGGUGUACAGCGAGGGCACCUGGGGCACC